CUCGCGGAAAUACCGCCGCAAGCAGGUCGAUCGGAACCAGGAGUUGUGAUGUUUUUACACUCGAAUAGAGCGUUGAAUAUCAUUAAACCCAUUGUUAACUAGUCAUAUCACUAGUUGAGUUACUGCUGUUGUCCUGAAGCCGUAUUCGGUUCCGGUUGAUAAGCGCCACAGAAAAGUGGGGACAAAAUGUCCCUGUUCCAGUCAGCGCUCGAUUUCCUGGCUGGGCCCGGCGGAUCCACCGGCGCCAGCCGCGAUCAGAACGACUUCGUCGGGCAGGUGGUUGAGCUCGGGGAGCUGAAGCUCCGGAUCAAACGAGUCAUCGCAGAAGGUGGCUUUGCGUUUGUGUAUGAAGCUCAGGAUUUGGGCAGCAGUAAGGACUAUGCCCUCAAGAGGCUUCUCUCUAAUGAAGAGGAAAAGAACAAAGCCAUCAUUCAGGAAGUCUGCUUCAUGAAAAAGCUGUCUGGUCAUCCUAAUGUUGUGCAGUUCUGCUCCGCUGCAUCCAUUAGUAAAGAAGAGUCGGACACGGGACAGGCCGAGUUCCUCAUCCUCACAGAACUCUGUAGAGGUCAGCUGGUUGACUUUGUGAACAAGGUGGAGCAGAAAGGACCAAUGUCAUGUGACACGAUUCUGAAGAUUUUUUACCAGUCAUGUCGCGCUGUACAGCACAUGCACAAACUGUCUCCACCAAUCAUACACCGGGACCUGAAGAUCGAGAAUUUGCUAAUCAGUCAUCAGGGCACCAUAAAGCUGUGUGACUUCGGCAGCGCCACAACCAUUGCACAUUAUCCAGACUACAGCUGGUCUGCUCACAAGAGAUCGAUGGUAGAGGACGAGAUUACUAGAAACACGACUCCAGCAUACAGGACACCAGAGAUGAUAGACCUGUAUUCCAACUACCCAAUAAAUGAGAAACAAGACAUAUGGGCUCUGGGCUGCAUAUUGUACCUGCUCUGUUUUAAGCAGCACCCGUUUGAAGAGGGAGCAAAACUCCAGAUUGUCAAUGGCAAAUAUAAUAUUCCUCAAAAUGACACCAAGUACACAGUCUUUCACCAGCUCAUCCGGUCGAUGUUGAAAAUCAACCCAGAGGAGCGGCUGUCAAUCAACGAGCUGGUCAGCCAACUUCAGGAGAUUGCAGCAGCCAGAAACGUCAACCCCAAAUCACCCAUUACUGAGCUGCUGGAGCAGAAUGGAGGCUUUGGAAACAACAGCGCACAGCUUCCCUCGCAGAUCAACAACAUACACAACGCUGGUGUGUAUGAUGCAGACCAGGGCAUGGGUGGAGGUCUCCUGGACAUUUUGAAAGGAGGAACCGAAAGAUUCCUCACCAAUAUCAAAGACACCUCUUCAAAAGUCAUCCAGUCCGUGGCCAGUUAUGCUAAAGGAGAUCUGGACCUGUCCUACAUCACUUCCAGACUGGCAGUCAUGUCAUUUCCAGCUGAAGGGGUGGAAUCUGCAAUCAAGAAUAACAUUGAGGAUGUGCGCUUGUUCCUGGACUCUCGUCAUGCGGGUCAUUAUGCCAUUUACAAUCUCUCCAAACGCUCCUACAGACCAGCCAGAUUUCACAACAGGGUGUCAGAGUGUGGUUGGCAGCCCAGACGAGCUCCCACUCUGAGGAACUUGUACAAUAUAUGUAAGAACAUGCACCAGUGGCUAAAGCAAGACCAGAGGAACAUCUGCAUCAUACAUUGCCUGGAUGGUCGGGCUGCAUCGGCUGUGAUGGUCUGUUCGUUCCUCUGUUUCUGUCGACUGUUCUCCACAGCCGAGGCAGCAGUUUAUAUGUUCAGUAUGAAAAGAUGCCCUCCUGGUAUCUCACCAUCACACAAACGGUAUAUUGAAUAUAUGUGUGACAUGAUGGCAGAAGAGCCCUUAAUCCCACACAGCAAACCCAUAACCAUCCACUCCAUCGUGAUGACACCUGUGCCACUCUUUAAUAAGCUGCGCAACGUCUGCCGGCCGUUCUGUGAGGUUUAUGUUGGUGAAGAGCGCAUCACCACCACCUCACAGGAGUACGACAGAAUGAAAGAUUUUAAGAUGGAGGACGGGCGAGCAGAGAUUCCUCUGAAUAUAACCGUACAGGGAGACGUUUUAAUCAUAAUUUAUCACGCCCGCUCCACGCUGGGUGGACGCCUGCAGGCCAAGAUGGCCUCCAUGAAGAUGUUUCAGAUUCAGUUCCAUACAGGGUUUGUGCCCAGAAAUGCCUCCACUGUCAAAUUUGCAAAGUAUGAUCUUGAUGCUUGUGACAUCCAAGAGAAGUACCCUGACCUCUUCCAGGUGCAUCUAAAUGUGGAGGUGGAGCCUCAGGAUCGCCCUAGCAACAAGACCCUGCCCUGGGAGAAAUUUGCCACUAAAGGACUCAAUCCCAAGAUCCUUUUCUCCAGCCGCGAUGAACAGCAGGAGAUCCUCACAAAGUUUGGUAAACCAGAGCUUCCACGUCAGCCUGGUUCUACAGCGUGCUACGCCUCUGAUCCACCCCAGCCAGAGCACUCUCCAGAGGGGCCGCAGACAGAGCCAGAGUCCCCUUCUCCUCAAAGCACCGACACUAAUGCUAACUUCUUUCAGACACUCGACUGGGAAGAUGACAGGAAGCAGUAUGAUUGCGCUGACAGCCAGUUUGAGGACCAGGAUAAUUUAAGUGACAGGUCGGAAGAGGAGUCUAUGUCUUACUCUGGUCCCAUUGAUGGGACUCUAUCACGUGACACCAGUGAACCUCUAUUCGAGGCGGACUUUACAACUACACCACCUGACCCCCAGCCUGACACCGAGGACCUGCUCGGGCUGAAUUCUGACCCCUGCCCUCUGGCCGGGACACCUGUGGAGUCGGGUUUGAGAAGUUCCGCCAGUAACAGCGAUUUACUGAAUGACUUGUUCGCCCCCCCGCCCAGCACUGUACAUUCAGCUAGCACAGAAGACCUGUUUGGAGAAGAUACGGCAGAAGGUCUGUUCUUCACCAACGUCAACAGUCAACCAGGACCUGCAUCAACAGCCAAUAAAGACCUCUUUGACCCGUUUGGAGUGGGCUCGAUGUCUUCAGGGUCAGAUCUGUUCGGUGACCUGCUUGCCUCGGAUGGUGGCAGUAGCGGGUUCAAAGCUCCGCCUCCACCUGCCUCUAACACCAGCCUCUUCAACCUCAAUAAGUUGGUGGGUGAGGCCCCUAAGAUGACUUCAUCAGCGAGUCAGCCCGAACUGUUGGGUGGGUGGGACAGCUGGGCAACAGGAGGAAGCAGCACGACUACUAACAUUACCGCCACUGUCAGCAAACCUACCAUUAGUGCCUCAGGGGUGUCGUCUUUCACCAAGGCAAAAUCGCAAAGUUUUGACCCAUUCGCAGACCUCGGCAACCUGGGAUCCACACUACCUGGUUGCCCUAAGUCUCCUCGGCCCUCCUCUGGCCCCAGCAAACCCUGGAUGCCUCCAAACUCUGCUCCCAAACCACAAACCCAGCCUUCUAAACCCGCCAGCCAACCAGCCAAAGCAAACUAUAAGCCCAGCUUCAGUGUGAUUGGUGGACGGGAAGAGAGGGGUAUAAGGGGGCCCAGCUUUGGUCAAAAGCCUAAAGUGAAGAAGGAUGACUUUGAGGAUCUCCUCUCCACACAAGGCUUUGGCACAAAACUCGAUAAGAAGAUGCCCAGAACCAUUGCUGAGAUGAGGAAGCAGGAGAUGUCAAGAGACAUGGACCCUCUCAAAAUACAGAUCUUAGAUUGGAUCGAGGGUAAAGAGCGGAACAUCAGAGCGUUGCUCUCCACACUCCACACGGUCCUGUGGGAGGGAGAGACGCGCUGGAAACCCAUCAAUAUGGCUGAUCUGGUCACACCUGACCAGGUAAAGAGGGUCUACAGGAAAGCCGUGCUUGUUGUGCACCCAGACAAGGCUACAGGUCAGCCAUAUGAGCAGUACGCUAAAAUGAUCUUCAUGGAGCUGAGCGAUGCCUGGUCAGAGUUUGAGAACCAAGGAUCCAAAGCCCUUUUCUGAGCAUGCUCAGUGAGGGUCUUCCGGGUGCAGUGCGCCCCCUAGACGCAGGCUGAGGCACAGCGCUCUCCCUCCAUACAAACCGAGACACUGCCACUGACAGUACACCGUGGAUUGGAGAGAGAGAGAAUCUGAAAGUAUGACCGAUGCAUCAGUCUGCAAACAAUCAAGGGAAGAAAACAGAAGGGAAACUCUUUCUCUUCGAGCCUCGAGGACUAGACAAAUAUCUUCCUGACAAACUGUCACACUCUCCCAAGGAGGGAAACCUCUAGCAUUGGAUUUCUCUGCCUUUAAAAGGAGACGAUGCUAUCGUGCUUUUGGCACUUGUAGACGAAUAAAACCACAGAAACACACCUGCACUUCAAAAGAGCUUGAAAACAGAUGGGAAGACAGGAACAAGAGAGAAAUUAUAAUUCUUGAUUAUUUUAUGCCAUGCUAUGCAUCCCACUUUCAUUUGUUUUCCUUUUUUUGAAUCUUAUGUGAUAAGUCAAUUAAUGAUGUAAAUAUUCACUCUGCUCCGUGUGUGUGUGUGUGUGUGUGUGUGCGCGUGUCUCUCUGUCUGUCUCUGUGUUUGGGUGAAUAUAGUGUUCAUAUGAAACCAAACCAGAUGUAUUGACUUCUGCACUUGAGGUUAUGAAGUUUCUGUUGUUGUCUUAUCAUGUUUCACUGAUCACAAGUGUUUAUUCUGUUCUAGCACCUCACUGUGAGGUGCGUCUUUGUAUUUCUGGGUUUCAGGGCUCAUUAUUUGUAUUCCAAAGGGUAAAACACCAAAAACGUAACAUCACAUUCGUAAAAAAAAGAACAUUUAACUUAUGCCUACCUUUUAAGUGGUGUUAAAUGCCAUUUGAUUUUGGAAUUCAUAGUCCAUCUGUGAGCUUACUGCCUUUUUAUAUUAAGGACUAAUCAGAAAUGUCUGUCUUAUUUAUUAUUUCAAAAUAUAAGUACAUGGUGAUUAUUUCCAAGCGGAUUUAAAAAAAUAAGCAAUUAAAUGUAUACAAUGGAAACAAAAUAAGCAUUCUGCAAAACUAAAGUCAUUCCAAAGCAUCUACUAACAUGAAUGUGCUUUUUAAGAUUAUUGCUGGCAAUUUGGAAUGUAAAGGUUUCUAUUUUGUUUCUUUUUUUUUUUAGGAUUUCUUUCAAUAUUAUCCUGUUUUCUAGGUUUAAUUUAAUAUUUCCAUAAUUUCUGAUUGUGACACUAGCAACUUUGCACCAUUCCUUCAUGAUACUGGGCCAAAUGUUGAUUCAUGAGUGAAUUUCUACAUGUCUGGGCCAAAUUUCAGUCCUUA